GGAGGAUGCUGGACGCGCUCUGUUCUGUCUGAUGCUCGGAUUUUUGGGGCUCGUUUAUAAAGAUUUUGCGGACCGCCAGACGAGUCGUUCCUGAGUGCCCGAGCGAUGGUGUCGCCGACGCCGAGUCGUCGAGUCUGGAGGCGCGCGACAGGAAGUCCUGCUGACGGGAAGGGCACGCCAGCCAUGUAAUCCCGCCCGGAGAGGCUCCUCGCAUCCUCGGAGAACCUUCCGACCUUCACAAGACACGGCGACAGGUGGAAUACGUGGAACACUUGACCCUGGACCAAGGUUCACCUAGACGUGAGGACUCUCAGUGAACCCUGGAGACACGGAUACCUUCUGAACGUCACUACACCUCCGGAAAACAGGAAAGGUCAUGACCCAGUUGCCAUGCGGAUCACCACGGUGACCGGCCUUCCCAGCCCCGCCCCCUGCCUCCUCCUAUUGGCCCAUCUGCUGCUCCGGCUCCUCCUCCUGGGCCAGGACGUCGCGGGGGCCACGUCCACCUGCCCGGCGCCCUGCAGCUGCUCCAACCAGGCCAGUCGGGUCAUCUGUACCAGGCGGAACCUGGACGAGGUGCCCGAAAACAUAUCCAACAACACGCGGUACCUCAACCUGCAGGAGAACUCCAUACAGGUGAUUCGCUCGGACACCUUCAAGCACCUGAGGCACCUGGAGAUCCUCCAGCUCUCCAAGAACCAGAUCCGUCAGAUCGAGGUGGGUGCCUUCAACGGCCUUCCGAACCUCAACACCCUGGAGCUGUUCGACAACCGGCUGACGCUGGUGCCGUCGCAGGCGUUCGAGUAUCUCAGCAAGCUCCGGGAGCUCUGGCUGCGCAACAACCCCAUCGAGACCCUGCCAGGCUAUGCCUUCCACCGCGUGCCCUCCCUGCGCCGCCUCGACCUGGGCGAGCUUAAAAAGCUGGACUACAUCUCGGACGCCGCCUUCGUCGGCCUGGUCAACCUGCGCUACUUGAACCUGGGCAUGUGCGGCCUGAAGGACAUCCCCAACCUGACGCCCCUGGUCCGACUUGAGGAGCUGGAGCUCUCCGGGAACAGGCUGGAGAUCAUAAGACCCGGAUCCUUCCAGGGCCUGGAGUCUCUGCGCAAGCUCUGGCUGAUGCACUCGCAGAUGACCGUCAUCGAACGCAACGCCUUCGACGACCUGAAGAGCCUGGAGGAGCUCAACCUGUCCCACAAUUCCCUGCACUCGCUCCCUCAUGACCUUUUCACACCCCUGCAGAAGCUGGAGCGGGUUCAUCUGAACCACAAUCCCUGGGUUUGUAACUGCGACGUGCUGUGGCUGAGCUGGUGGCUAAAGGAAACCGUACCGAGUAACACGACCUGCUGCGCCCGCUGCCACGCGCCACCCUACCUGAAGGGCAAAUACAUCGGCGAGCUGGACCAGAGCCAUUUCACCUGCUACGCCCCUGUUAUCGUAGAGCCUCCGACCGACCUCAACGUAACCGAAGGGAUGGCCGCCGAGCUCAAAUGCCGCACCGGAACCUCCAUGACGUCGGUCAACUGGAUCACGCCCAACGGCACCCUGAUGACCCAUGGGUCGUACCGUGUCCGGAUCUCCGUGCUCCACGACGGCACACUGAACUUCACAAACGUCACCCUGCGUGACACGGGCCAGUAUACCUGCAUGGUGACCAACUCCGCCGGCAACACCACAGCGACCGCCGUCCUGAACGUUACCGCUGCAGACACCAGCGUCAACUACACCUACUUCACCACUGUGACCGUGGAGACCGUCGAAUCGACCGGAGACGAGGAUUCGACCCCGCGUUCCAUCAACGAGACCAUCAUCCACAUCCCCGGUCCAACGCCUUCCGGCCGCCUGUGGCACGACGUCAUCCCGACGACCGCCUCCUCCCUGUCGGUUCUCGGCUCGUCGUCCUCCCCUCGAGCGACCAAACACACGUUCACGGUCGCCGUCUCCGAGCCCAGCUACCCCUCCGGCCUGGACGACGUCAUGAAGACCACCAAGAUCAUCAUCGGCUGUUUCGUGGCCAUCACCUUCAUGGCGGCGGUCAUGCUAGUGGUCUUCUACAAGCUGCGGAAACAGCACCAGCUGCACAAGCACCACGGACCAGCCCGGGCCAUCGAGAUCAUCAACGUGGAGGACGAGAUCGGCGCCAACGCCAGCGUCCGAGGGAGCGGGAUCUCCGGCGGGUCCACCAUGCCCCAGGUCGGAUCGGGCGCCGGGAGCCUGCGCCUGCAUCACCCGGAGAUCGUCAACCUGCCCAACCUGGCUCGGACGGACCACCUGAACCACUACUACAAGCCCCAUCACUUCAACAACAACCUGAUGAGCCUGGGACUCUCCGGAGGCCCCGGGAUGGGGCUCAACAACAACAACAACCCCUGCUCGCAGAUCCCCACCAUGCAGAUUCCCUGCUCUCAGGUUCCUGUAACGGUGAGCUCCAUCCCCUCCUCCAUGCCGCUGCCCACUCUGGGCAUUCACGGAUCUCUGAAAGGCCUGAUGAGUAAAGGACCCAACCCACAGAUCGAGCCUUUGCUCUUCAAGAGCGGCUCCAAGGAGAACGUCCAGGAGACUCAGAUCUGAGAGAGAGGGGAAGGAUGUAGGACAGAGUGAGGGAGGAAUUUAGGAAGGUGACUCCGGACUCCGGGGAGACGGAUGAGGUGCUCUCACUGUCUGGUCCUGGUUAGUUGUUCUCAGGAGUAACGAGGAGGGUCGACCCGGCGUUGUUGGACGUAUUAUCGACACGAC